AGGAAGUAGUUUCAAGAUAUGAUUCAGCUUUUUGCAGCUGAAGACUGACGCAUGUCCUCCGCUACUGCUCCACCUUUACAAGACUCUAGCUUUUAUUCAUGAGCCGUCCAGACCGACCGUGAACACUGCUUCGAGUAACUACCAAGAUGGAAAUGCCCAGCACAACGCCAGACUUUUAUGAAGACUACACGCAGUUGAUCGACAGAACCGUUCAGUGCAACACCAUCCCCAUCAGCGAGUUCUGCAAGAAUUUUCUUCCACCCUUCUACUACGUCAUCUUCAUCGCCAGCGUACUGGGCAACGGAGUGGUUCUGCUCGUCCUCUACAAGUUCGAGAAGCUCAACACGGUCACAAACAUAUUCCUCAUCAACCUGGUGGCCUCCAACGCCAUCGUCACGCUCACGCUCCCGUUCCAGGCCGUUCAUCAUACGGACCAGUGGAUCUUCGGAGAAGCUCUCUGUAAGCUGGUGAACACCGCAGACUGUCUGGGCUUCUACAGCUCCAUCCUCUUCCUCACGCUCAUGACCUUCGACCGGUAUCUGGCCGUGGUGCAUUGCGUCGUCGCCAACAAACGUCGCAGAAGCUGCUACGCCGCGGCGCUGUCUGCAGUCGUCUGGAUCGUUAGCGCUCUCGCCAGCCUCCAGUCCUUCAUCCAUUUCACCGUUGAAGAUUAUCCGAGGGAAGGACUGGUGUGCAAAGACUCCAGCAGCGCUCUGUGGAGUGUCUUCGAUCUCUACAAGCAGUUUGUCCUGUUUUUUAUUCUCCCGUUGAUUGUGUUCGUCUACUGCUACUUCAGGAUAACGCUGACCGUCCUGUCCACUCGGAUGGUCGGCAAACAUCGCACCGUGUGGCUCAUUUUCAUCAUCGUCCUGAUGUUUUUCUUAUUCUGGAGCCCGUAUAACAUUAUAUUGAUGAUCAGCGAGAAUCAGGAUGAGAGACAGUGUAAUAGCAGCCUUCUGUAUGCACGGUACGUCACCAAUAACAUCGCACGCUUGUAUUUCUGCAUUAACCCUGUGUUUUACACCUUCCUGGGAAGGAAGUUUCAGAAUCACGUACGAGGAGUGUUAGUGAACCAGGUCCCGUGUUUAUCGGACCGGAGCAGCAUCAGCGCAAGUAGCAGAACUCUAGCCUGAGACUGAAGGGUAGUCAUGUCACAUCUUGACUACUAUAUACUUACAUCAAAAUAGUACAAUGUGCUUAUUGUGUUCGAACUGCACUGCAAAGUACUUCUGCUGCUAUUGAGGGUAAGGUUAGGGACAGGUUUGGGUAGGUUUAAGGAUCGCUUACGAUGUAAAGGAUAACUAUAAAUGUACUUCAUUACAGGUGCAAUUACAUGCACGAAUAAAAUAUGAAUAAAUAAAAGUACAGUGUAAAAUAAGUGCAUUGUACUAAAUGAUUAAUUGAAAUGUAAUUGCUUAGUAUUUAAGGUCACUUUACAUGCUAAAAUAACUAAAAAAGAAAUGGUUUGCACCAUGAGAAGUGAAGUACUUUACAACAAAACUAUUACAAAGACUUUUGGUCGACAAAGAGUCACAAAACUCAAACACAUUUUUGAGAUGUUAAUAUGUACAGGUUGCACGUGUUAACAGGUUAAAUGUUACAUAUUAGUUACAAUAUUGAUGUUGCAAUACUGUUAGAACUGAUAUAACCCUUUUAUGAUGUAUGUUAUAAUAAAGUAACAAUUAUAAAUGCU